AUGUCCGAGGUUUUGCCCUACGGUGAGGGGAAGAUGAACGGCUACGGCCCGGAUGACGAGGUCGGACAAAUGUCGUUCAGCUGCCGGCUGCAGGACACGAACUCGUUUUUCGGCGCGUCGCAGUCAAAAAGGCCGCCGAAACUCGGACAGAUCGGGCGGGCAAAACACGUGGUCAUUGAAGAUGACCGAAUAGAUGAGGUCCUCAAAGGCAUGACGGAUAAACCGGCCCCCGGUGUGUAG